UGAAAACUAGCUUGAAACUCCAGAAAGCAGCCUCCCAUACUGCCCCAUAGUGGUCAUACCCUGCAUGUAUUUUGUGUGUUGGUCGAGGACAUCACGGCACCAUCCAUACUGUGGCUGGCUGUGGCAGUGUGGGCUGCUUUCACUUUCAGCCAUCAAGUACGGGGUACACAUGGCAGGUUGACGGGACACGUAGCGCUGCCGUUAAAUUAACAUACGGUUAGUCACUUGGCAACUUACCAGCAGUGUGCCAGUUCCUCGAUAAGGCCGGCAGUACUAAAGCGAUGUGUUCCGCUCUCUCGCGGCCUGUGCUGACUAGUCGACUGCUGACCGACCUCGGCACUGACAACAGUCAUUACUCUUGUAGGCCAGUCAUCAGGGUUGGGCCUGUACAAUGUGUGUGUGUGUGUGUGUGUGUGUGCGUGCGUGUGUGUGUGUGUGCGUGUGUGUGUGUGAGAGAGAGAGGUGCGCGUGUGUGUGUGACUGCGAGAUGUUGUCCAUGGCAUGUACCGGUGUACCCACACUGAAUGUCCUGAUGCCAUGGGGGAUGAGCGUGAUUCAAAUUAUUUAAUGUGUACAUGGCUGUACUGUGCAACGCUGUGGAGUACAUGUAGAUGCUGUGAGUAUGAUUAUGGUGGUGAAGGCAAUGGCCGUCCGAAGUACAAUCGAUAUACGUCUACUGUGAGACUGAUAUUACAGUUCAGAUGAACGUAACCGUUGCCCACCCCGAUGGUCUGCCCAUCGCUACACAAAUCCCAAGACAUGUACACUUGCAUUCGUGUACGUGUACUCAGUUCCAUUCUUCAAAUUUAUUCUGCUCAAUGUAGCACGCCUAUGCCUAUGCCUAUGCCUAUGCCUAUGCCUAUGCCUAUGCCUAUGCCUAUGCCUAUGCCUAUGCCUAUGCCUAUGCCUAUGAACGGUGCGUACAUCUACAGUACUGGCAAGUGAAAUCCGACCCCCUGAGCGGUGGGUUCACAUUCUAGAAGUCUCUGUCAUGUAGUUUCACCAUCCCGCGUUGGGUCUUUGCAAUGUGAGCGCACUGCUCAGGGGUCGGAUUUCAGUUUCCAGCACUGUACGUCCAUGGCAAGUAGAGUGUACUCCCAGUUUAACUAUCCAGUAGAACGCAUCCGUUGCGUGUCCAUGUUCGUAGUUAAAUUAAACGCAACCACAUGUGCAUUAUAGUCUACAUCACAAUAGUCAUUGUAUUACCUACACUACAGAAUGUAGUACUGGGUAGCAUGUUUGUACACGCAUGUCUGUGUGGUCGGUACAUGUACAUGUACUUCGAGUACACGUAAGUUACAUCCUACAGAUGUACUUGUGUGUCUGUGUGGCUGUAUUUCUGUAGUCCUACUUACUACCCCAUGCCCUGAUGUUCGUCACCUACCAACGCAUCAUACUCGUACCGGCCUCCUGAGCAAGCCUACACCUAUAUGUACAUAUUCAUCAUCAUACUACAGACUCAGCACGACAGCUGUGUAGCUUGUGAAGUCCUGAGUGGCUACUAGCAUUCAGGUCUUCAAGGUCUUUUUCUUCAUUUCUUGUAAGUGCCAGUGUAACACGACACGUCUUUAACUAAGGUGGCGUUCAGCCUCUCUCCAAUCCUUGUCAUUGAGUCGUGGAGCCACAUUGAUGACAGGCUAGCUAGAGACCAGAACAAGACAAGAGUUGAGUGUAAUGUGAUACAAUGUCAUGUGUCUGUAACUUUGUAAGGAAGAUUGCACGACUAAGUGCUGCAGACGCUUGCAGUAACACAUGAUCUGCUGGAAAGGAGAGUGCACUGAGAUGCUUGUUUGACUUCUGACUGUCGGGCUUGUCGGCGCUGACGGCGUGAGAGGCGAUUGCUCUACGCUCCCGACGUCGACAUACGCCGAGCGUCUUCACAAGCAACACGCUCUCUGGCCACUACAUACACGUAGACGUGCAACACGUCUUCAGGGCGAGACCAGGCGAGAGACGGCGCUCAUCGGCCACGGAGCUUCCCUUGUGGACGCCUCUCUUCCCGCGCUGUUGGUGGUGUCUGUGGCGUUUAAGGCCCGCAGGAAGCGCCGCGCGUUGCUGCCAUUUGAUCGUGAGGUGGAAGGGUGGAGAGGCGACAUUGGAGAAGGAAGCAGUAUCUGGGAGGAAAGUGGCGUUAGUGGAUUUCCGCAGGCUGCAUUAUCUAGUGCGCCAGGGGUCUAAAGCAGCUACAGAACGCUGAUCAGGACAUAGCGGCCGGCAGUGGAGCGGCGACGGGGUCGACAACAAGAAAGAGAAAGGGGUGAGGUGAGGAGUUCUGUCAAGGGUGUAUCGAGUUGCGACCGCUCUUUCCUCGACAGCCUCCCAACGCAUGAUCGUGUAACGGCGAAUGGAUCCUGACCGCACUGUUUAUGGCCAGCUAAUAUCACCAGAAGCAGUGGUAGCGGAGCAGUCGGGUAGUAUGGCACACUCACUUACAACAAAAGAUGAUCUGUCGGCCCAAGCAGCACUCUCAUCUCGCGGUGCGACGCCACAGCGCACGGAGCUGGUCACCUCCGCAGUCGUCACUCAAGCAAGUCUUCAUCCGGCCCAGCAGGCGGCACAGCGACACGCAACUGCCUCUGCUGGCUGUGUGGUAUCUGCAGUUGGAAGCGCAGCAGUGCAAGCUUCAUCGGCAAUCUCUACGACCGCCAUCGGUGACAGGAGCUGUCCUGCCGUAGUUCUAACUGACGAGCAGCGCAAAGAGGCUGUUCGCCUGCAGAAAUUGGAGCAACAACUCCGAGACGCUCACGACCUCAUCGCCCUUUUGCGGCAACAACAGGAGCAACAACAGAAAGCGUCAGAACCCGAUGAUACAGCGCAGGUGUCAACAGAAGCAUCUGCUCAGGAGCGAUUGGUGACUCUUGUCGAAGCGCAGCAAGCACUUGGACGACACCGUGAAAGAAUCCCUCAAGAGGGUACUCGAGCAGGCGAUUCAUCAUCUCCACUUCCAGCGAGAUCUGCAGAUUCACCUGAACUUGCGAAUCGAAACACUCCGUCACCCUCCGGUGGUCCACCACCACCACCAGUAGCCAGAAAACCAGCAAACUUCAAGCUCAAGAAGCCCGGCCAGGCAUCCGAAGACGGAGCCAGUACUCUAGCUACAUCGCCGUCAGCAACUGUUGUCACGCCGACAUCACCAGGCCGUCGUGACCAUCUAGGCAGGAAGCUGAGCUUGACCGACCGACCGCAGUCACCUGCAGGUAAUCGUCCCCUGCCCCCGCCGCGUCGUGGCUCGGUCCUCACGCCCAUGCAAGAACUGAGCAGUGCCAGUGCCAGUGGUGGUGGCAACAGCAGCAGUGCCAGUCCUACCAGUACUCAGCUGCAGCGUGUGGCUUUGUCCACACCCAACCUACAGACACUGGACAAGCCUCAAUCACACGCACCAUCUCUGCAAUCGCCAUCCGCCACUGACACAGCUGUGGACGUGUUUGCGGAGAACGACGUUUUCCCUGCACCCGAUCACAAUCAAUCAGCCAAAUCAAGAGUCAGCCAGGAAUUCAGCGCCAGCACGGUGUUGACGGUGACGGUCGACGAUCCCGGUGUCGCUCGCGUUCGCACACCAUCCAGGAGUUCAACAUCCAGUGCAGAGCGAGCUACCGAGCGCUACUCGGGAGCAAUGGAGCUGGCAGAGCUAGAGCUACUGUGUGAUGACACUGUGAAAUCCGGUCGCAAAACACCGCCCUGCGACAACAUGCCGGCGGAGCAGGAUGGUGCACCAGUGGAAGAAACUCGCAGUGCAGCUACGCCGCCUCCAGUGGCACCACGCGUACGCUCAUCUCAGCCCACAGCUGAGCCCAACGGUGCCGUGGCAACGAGCUCACUGCCCGCGUCUUCAAGCUCGCAUCCCAGCACACCGCGAUCACCUGGCAUGAGACCGCAGCUGAGCUCACAUGCAUCGGUACCGGUACUACAGUCACCGCUUGUCAGGAACUCAUCCCAGCUUCUCAGGCAGAAUGCGAUAGCUAGAUCUGAUAGAGAUCUCCCCGCUGCUAUUGGCUCACUCUCGGCAACCAACUCCAAUGUGCACGCCUGUUUCCGAGCCAGCAGCCCUGCCAGCUCCAUAGAGUCAGCGCUCAGGCUAGCCGCUGAGGAUGGCAAGCUGGCGUGCGUGAAGUUGUUGCUCUCGCAAGGCGCAGACUGUAAUGCUGUCAGCACAGGCAACUCCUCUGCACUGCAUCUGGCCUCUGCUAACGGCCAUAAGGUAUGUGUGCAGGAGCUAUUGAGUCACGGUGCGCAGCCAUGGAUGCUUGACACCCAGGGUCUCAGUGCUGUGCAGCUAUCGGCUAAGAAUGGACAUGCACCGUGUGUGGAAACCAUACUACAGAACACUGCAGACACAGCUGAGAGACAGCAGGCCUUGAAGAAAGCAUUGCUACUCGCGUGUCUGGGAAGUCAUAAGCGUUGUAUUGAGAUUCUGCAACGUGUAGUGAACGGCGACACUAGUCUGGAGAAGCUGAGACAUUCCAAGACAACAGAGACAGAUUCUGCCAGUGACCUGACAUUAGCACAGAAAUCCACCGUCAUUGUCUCGCCAAGUAGCACAGACUCUGCACUGGGAGCUGAAGAUUACAGUACUGGCAUAUCGCCAGCUCAUGAUCGGCGUCAAGAGAGCAUAGAUGAGUGUGCGUGCGAGCUAGACGUCGUCUUACAAUUUCCCUAUCUCAACAGUGGACAGGGAUAUGGUGUGCAAGGAGACACAAGCAUCAAUCUUGGAACGGUCACAAUCACCAGAAGAACAAGCUGGUCUAGGCUGGAGACGGAUGUGUGGAAGACACUUGAUAGGCACUUGUCAGCUAUAUGCAAGUCUGUUUCGCAACCUCUGCCCACGGAAUGUCUGCAGCAUCGAGCCAUACCACCAGCCAGCCACCUAGCCGUUGGUACACAUGACCCGGUGGUGAAAACUGCCACACUAAAGUCCAUAACAUCAUGGAGUAGUUCAAUCACGGCUAACAGCGCUGGAAGCUGUUGUAACACCAGCAGUGGCAGUAAUGUUGUACUACCGACAGCUGGCCAGCUGAAGGCAUCGACUGUGUAUGCCAGCGACAUUGGCCUAGGCGUGGACUCAGUCAGAAUGUACUCAGCUGGACAGGAUAAGAAGUGGAGACCGGAUGCCCAGACUCUACCCAGUGAUGAAGGAAUCAACGAUGCCGCGGGCACAUCACCAUACCAGCUCUUUGGAGAGGAGAAGAGCAUCACUGUGUCCCUAAAGGGCAUCGGUGAAGGUCGUCUUGAUCAGCUCAGCUACCAGACACUAAUACCAAUGAACACCCUCCGGUCCUAUCUUGACAAGUUUCGUCUACAAGGCAAGGUACUGUUCAGUGGCCCGCCUGCAUGCGGCAAAUCCGAGAUUGCCACAAGCCUUGCCCGGUGCCUUUUGAGUGCACUGAAGGCAGAAAAGGUGAAGGUGGACAUGCUGGGUUGCUCUUUGCGAGGACAGCACGGUGAACAGGAUAGGAUACUAAAAAUGCUGCACAGAACAGGUAUGCUGGUUGAGGAAGACUACGAGACAUGUGGUGAUCGCUCCGCCACUUCAAGUUCACGGCAAUCACCGCCGCCUCGUCACUGCAUACUGGUUGUCGAGAGCAGCUCAGCACAGUCCAUACAGAAUGGUUUGGGCGAACUGCUCAGCUGUCUCCACGGCGAUCAGACUCUGUGGCUGAACGAGGGCGCACUGCCAGGCGGUCUGUACCGCCUUGUCGGGGUGUUGCACCUCAUGGUUACCUUGGAUACGACUGGCCCUAUCGGUCUGGACCCACGCAGCUGGCACCGGUUUUUCCACAUCCGAUGGCGCUGGGACGUUGAGCCGCUCGGCGGGCAGCUUCAGCGGCAUCUACAGCGCCAACUUGUCAUUGCCAGAGCAGCCGAUGUUCACGCACACACCUGCAGCAGUGAUGUAGCAAUGAUAACCGGAUCAGGAGCAGAGCUGCCGUCUGGUCAAGAACAGUGCAUUGCCUGGAUCAAUGAUGUAUGGCAGAGGAUCAACAAGCUAUUCACUUUCCUUGGCUAUAGUCAGCUAGUGCUAGGACCAAACGUCUUCUUUUCCUGCCCGAUUCAGUCAUCCGACCCGGCAGCAGUAGCAAGUUGGCUGGCAGAGUUGUGGAACAAUCAACUAGCACCAUGCAUUGAAGAAGCCGGUGGUAGCCAUGACCAGCCAAGCCCUAGUCGUCAGCGUUGUCAGCUAACAAGUGUCAAACUGCUGCUUGUCACUAUUCGCCUAGCUCUUCUUCCAACCUGUCCAUUGCAGGGCAACGAUCUAGCCCAGUGGCUGGAGUCACUGCACUGCGGCAUGGACAAUGAUGAGAUCAAUGAAAUGGUGCAUGAGAUCCGUGAUAAUGUCAUUUCUACGUCAUCCGAUGCACUCUCGGUGGAGUUUGAUGAAGAUAUGACUGCACCUAGUACCCCUCAGGGUAGGUCCAUGCUACCUGCUCAGCAGCACUCGUCCAGGACACAGAGGGAGCUGCACUCCACAGUGCGCGAGGUCCAGGCAGACACCAUCAGCGAGGACAUAGAGCUGGCCAAGAUCGAGGCGAACCGCGAACAGGGAACACCGACCAAGGACAACAACCGACCACUCACGCCCAGCAUCUUCAAGCGGUUUCAAACGCUAAGGAACUCAGCACGCCUAAGCAAGCGGAAUAGUGUGGCACCAGAGACACCGACACUGCAGAGACCCGUCAAGGCGAAAUCAGAGGACAAGGAAUUCUUCGCCAUGAUCACGAAGAUGCAAGGCGAUCGCAUCGAUGACCAGAGAGUGACAGCACCGGCAUGCAUGUUUAUGCAGAAGCCACGACAUGAGCUAGACCUAGCCGUGGGCAGCAGCACUUCAACUAAGAAGACAUCCGGUAGCACUGGCAGCAGCAGCAAAGCUGCUAAGAAAUCAAACAAGAAAAGUGCCGCCAACCGACAGAACAACUUUGAGAAUAUUUUCACCCUCGGCCGUCAUGGCAGCAAGGAUCGCAAGCAGAAUGACUAUGAGAAUAUUUUGGAACACGGUCGGCAAAUCCAGGAACCGGCAAGUCGCUCGGCAAGUGCUGACUUUCUCAAUACGGCCGACAGCGAGGACAACGUAUUCUGUUCCUCCACAUCCGCCUCACCCGACAUGACGGCUUUACACCUACCACACGGCAGCAAUGCCGUCGGACCGGCAGCUGCAGGUAGAGGUGGCUCGUUGAGAAGUAGCUACGUACGUCGGCGCAGCAUGAGCGAGCUGAUGAAGCUUGGAAGUAACAAAGCUUCCGAUGUGGAUAAGGCUGAGAGCUCCAGUCAACACAAAGCGCUGGGCAAGAUGAAGUCCACGCAGAGUGUUGGUCGCAGCAGUGGAGGGUCUGCUGGAGAGAAACGUCACCACCGCAGCGCUAGCAAUGUAUUCAGCCUCUCCACUACCGGGUCAACGACAAGAGAAGAGGGAAUCGGGCUGCCAAAGAGAGUUAUCACUCGACAAUCGCCACGGAAAACGCUGUCGGCGAAUGCCAUCAAACCGGUCGAACCUACCCCAGGCCAAAUUACAUAUAUGUAAACCUCGUUGUUGAAACACUAGAAACACUCACGUGCAGAGAGAUUCCUAAAUACAGAACUUGUGUUUUCCUUGUGUCGCCUUAACUCUGCAUUCGACUUUCUGAUUUGAAAUCGAUUUCCGCUAGCACCACCUUGAGUUGUAUUGCGCUAAUGUUGUCACAUGUUUUUUUAAUUUGUCUAAGAACUGCAGGGUUCCCACUAGUUCCGAUUUUUGUAAACGCUGAAAAACUGACUGCAAAGCUUCUUCAUUGUUUUCCUUGGAUUGUUCACAAAAGUGCCUGUAUCUGUGUUUUUUUCCUGACCCUUGAAAUCCUAAGAAAUUAAUAUGCUUUUGCUUCUAAAGGGACGCUACAGAUGUCUGCCAAUGGGAAAGUUGUAGUGUUGUAUGAAACUGGUUGAUUACUUUAAUUUUUUCAAGUUCCUCGGCAUACAGUCAGGCAUACAUUUGUUGGCUUUA